AGAGGAGACGCUCACGUCCACAUAAAGAGCGAGCAGUAGGCGGCGCGUCAGCUAAAGGCUGCCCAGUUUUAAUGAACAUUGACAAGGGGCUCCGCAUUCACCGUGAAAAUAAGAGUUUAAUAGUACAGUAUUCUGUUUGGUAGGGCAGUUCAGUGAGGAAAUGUCCAAGUUAUUCCGGGCUGUUAUCAUGGGUCCACCAGGCUCGGGGAAGGGGACCAUAUCGGAGAGGAUCGCGCACAGUUUCGGCCUUAAACAUUUAUCCAGUGGAGACUUCGUUCGAGAAAACAUCGCUGCGAAAACUGAGGCUGGUGUUCAAGCUAAGACGUAUAUAAAAAAAGGAUUGCUGGUACCAGACCAUGUCAUGACACGUCUUCUGCUGCCUAGAUUGGAGGAGAUGACCAAAUACAGCUGGUUGUUGGAUGGUUUCCCUCGAACACUAGCUCAGGCUAAAGCCCUGAACAGUGCCUGUGAUCUGGAUGUAGCCAUCAAUCUCAACAUUCCUUUAGAAACACUGAAGGAACGGCUGCGACAUCGAUGGAUACAUCCACCCAGUGGCAGAGUGUACAACAUGUGCUUCAAUCCUCCCCGCGUCCAGGGGAUAGAUGACAUCACAGGAGACCCAUUGAUUCAACAGGAGGAUGACAGACCAGAAGCCCUGGUGGCCAGACUGAGACACUACAAAGAUGUUGCCAAACCUGUCACAGACUUUUAUAAGGCUAAAGGCAUCCUGUACACAUUCUCGGACACAGAGACAGAUCGGAUCUGGCCGAAUAUCAGCACACUUCUCAACACAAAGAUCCCCACCAUCCAAUCAGAUGCUCGAUGUGCUUCAACUCACUGAGGGAAUCCUCUGACAGUCUCAAAUCAAAGACAACGUCGUGGCCUCAUCUCAGAGGAAUAACUAAUUGACCACAUUUGGUUUCCAAUUUGGUUUCAUUUUUAUCGUCGCAAUUUGACCAUUGGUAGUAUAGUAAUAUUCAUUGUGCUAGCUUUGAUUAUUUCAGUUCCUGAAAAGUUUUUAAACAUUUGAAAGACAAUUCUGAAAUCUGGGAAUCAGUCGGGGUAAAAUUCAACUUAUAUCUUACAAGUACAAUGGUUCUAAAAGUGUAAAUGUUUCCUAGAUUUCAACGCACAAAUUUUAUAUAGACGUGAUUAAAUCACAUAAUGAAGGGUAGACACAUGUGACCUUGUGUAAGUGAAUGAGACACAAAACUGGUCAAGCAUUCCAGUGAGAUUGAAUUAUUUCUGAAGGGGCUUUACUUUAUAUCAUCUCUGUCUGUGAUGUUUGCCUUUCUUAUAUAUUUCAUAGUAGUGUUACCAUUCUUCUGUAUACCAUAAAAAAAAUUAUCAUUA